AUCAGGAGGGGGAUCCUGGGACCCCUGUCUGGCUGUUAAUUGGUUUAGUCUGACGGGGCAUCAAUGAAAGACAAGUGUAAGAGUGAAAAAAAAAUUACACAUUAAUUUCUCUUUGUUUGUAGAAUGUGCAAGCCUUGCUGAAUCAGACCUCCAUUGUUCAGUUGACUGGUCAAUAAUUUCCUCCGAGUCAGGACAACUUUAGGUUAUAGCCUCUGGUACACUGUGAGGAAGGACAGCUUCCCCUCUUGGAAUUAUAUUGGGGAAUUGUCUUUAUAUUAUUUCGGUGAAUGAUGGCAUCUCAGUUUGAUUCACUACUAGACUUUGGGGACUCCAGCACUGGGGAUUCUAAGUCAACAUCUAACCAGAUGACUGACGAUUUUGACCCUUUUGGCAGCCCAUCCCCCCUAGAUGCUAAAGGAGGAUCAGGGAUGGAUUUACUGGGGGAAUUUAACUUUGAUACACAGUUUAGCAGUACACGGAAUACCUCUUCGACGAAUGGUCACGGAGAACCUGUGAAUUCCAGUUCCGAUUUAAAUCCACUAUACGCCCUGUCUAUGCAACAAGAUAAUAUGGGAGAUACAGAGCCAGUGAAUCCUUUGUAUGAUGUGAAUUCUGUUCCUGAGGUCCAGAAGGGAGACUUAAUGAUGUCCUCAGGGUCCUCAAAUCCUAUGUAUGAUUUUUUGUCAACUGAGGGCACAAAUGGACACACUAAUUCUGAUGACUUGUUGGGACUAGACUCUUCAAAUCAAGGAGACUUACUUGGAAGUGAGAAAAAUCAAGUGAAUGGUUCAGUUGAAAUGGAUGCAGGUGUCAAUAAAAGUGAAGAAUUGGAUGUAUUUAAUGAAAAUGGAAGACAGAGCAAUGAUAACAUUGUCGAUAUAAGUGGAAAUAUGGAAACAACUCCUGUGGUGGAUGAAUUCUCACCCAAAAAUGAAGCCAUUGAGGAUCUAGAGCAGGAAAGUGGAUCAUUAGAACAGGAAGGUGGAUCAAGCACAUCAGGAGAACUUCUAGUGGACAGUGAUGUUACAAACACAAGACUCAUUCCCGAGGACGACCUUCAAGGAGAAACAACUUCAGCAAAGGAAUCUGAGGACCUACUAGGAGGAGCCAUGGAACCUGAUGUUGUGGAAGAAAGCAAAGUGGAGGAAUCCAAAGAGGAAGCUGUAGAACAAGAGGAGCAACCUUUGGAUGAGGUACCUACUGAGGAGGAGCCAGUCAUGACAGAAAAUGUGGACCAAAGCGAAUCUCUUAUGGACCAAGGAGGACCAGUAUCUGAGGAACUUAUUGGAGAUUUUUCUCAGAAUGCUGAGGUCAAUGAACAAGAAAGGGAACCUGAGGAGCAACAAGAAUUAGUAGAGGUUCAACAGGAGGAGGUAGUAGAGGAGCAAACAGAGGAGGACACUGGUCCUCCUCAGCCUGAGGAGCCAGUCGAUGAACCAGCUCCUGAGACAUUUAGAGAACCAACUCCAGAGAAGAUUGAGGAACCAGCUGUGGUUGAAGAUGUUUCACAACAAUUUAUUCAAGAUGAAGUAGUGGAAGCAGAUGAGAACAUGUCAUCACAGACCAAAGAUCCUCUACAGUCUGACAGUCUUGUCCAACCUCUAGUGGAGGAACUGGCCAUUACCAGGAGCCCCAGCUCCUCAGAGGGGGAAAUUGAACAGGUAAAGAAGUUUCAGUGUCUAAAUUGA